GAAAAAAUAGUUCACCAAAGAAGAGCCAAAAAAUUCUACAGCAAAAUGAAGUCGAUUGACGAGUUAUGCCAAACAGAUCCCAGUGUAGGAGCAAUUUGCGUGGACUACAUGCAAAAUCCUGCACUUCCUGUUAUUCCGGUCCAGGACACAUUUUAGCUUCAUCAACUAACUGUCAAUGUCUUCAAUAUCCACGACUUAAAAUCUGGAAGAACUAUGUUUUAUGUAUAUCACGAAGGUUUUACAGACCUUGGACGAUUCAAGACUGAACCAAUACUUCCCAGUAAGAGGCCAUUCGUACAUGCCAUGUGACAGGGAUUUUGCCAUGGUGAAGAGAAAAAUUAAGAAAAAUGACCGAAUGUAUAAUAAAAGAUAUGUUUCCUUGAUUCUCAAUUCAAGCACUAAAAAUAAAUUUUCCGUCUACGUAAUGGGUGGAGAGAAUACAUUGAUAUGAAAUGGUGGCCCCUUUACUACAAAAUCUGUCCACAGAAUCUUAUGGAAG